UUUUUUACAAAAUCGAAAAAAUUAUAAAAAAAUCAUGUACAAAUAUCAUUAAAUACAAUUACUUACAUAAGAAUAGGCGCAGAUAACAUAACAAUAGUUAUUCGAAAUGUCAGUGACAGUAGCAAUAAAGAAGCAAAUAAAAUAUGUACAACCUGCCGGGCGAUUUUCUAAUGACCUACGAUUCUGAUUUGUCCGAACACUCGGACAGUUCAGACUUCGAUGGUACGAGUAAUUCUACACUUCAACAAAGGAAGAAACAAAAGGUUUAUUGGAAAAGCUUUCGCCCGAAAUCAAAGAGAGACGCCAACACGCCAACAUGUAGCUCAUCCUACACUGUUACCCAAAACAGCUCCAGAGAAAUAUGGGAAACACAAACCAUUAGCCAAAAUGGAGGAACGCUAGGAGUAAAAGUACGUAAAACGUACAAAAAUAAAACUUGCAAGACAUUAGACGGCGGAGAUCAAAUCGAAACAGUCAAAUCGAAACGUGCGUCCACACGACGUAAAGUAAUGCCCUGCCUAUCAUGCAUGUUCGGACGGUCAAGUAAUAAUGUUAAACAAAUGUCAAUUAUAAAGGAAAACCCAACUGAAAACGUAAACAUUGAUACCGGUUGUCAAGCUACUAACGUCAACGGUGAGCACAAAAUAAGGAAAUUUAAUAGAAGUCAGCAGCUCUAUGCCGUCCAACCUGUUUAUGCCGUUGAAGGGAACGUUCAUGCCAAGUCAAGUCCGCUUCAACACACAAAAAUUGUUAGAGAACCGUUAUUGAACCGCAAAACUGUUAGAAACGAGAAAUCAAACGCGUGGUGUUUCACAUCUUCUUCGGACGAUAAUGAAUAUAGAUUUGUACAACGCGAGAUAUAUAAAAAGCAUGUUGAAAAACCGAGUAAAAAUAGGCAUAAAAUGAACACCGAUGUAAGAGAAGAGUAUCAUACACAAAAAGAAUCUAAGGGACAUAAAAAUGCAGAACAACAAUGUUCUACAAAUGUAAAUCGCAAUUAUGAAGUAUAUACUUAUCCUUGCCUGAAUCGAUCGAAUACAGGUGGUGCGUACACGGCCACUGGCCCUAAUUGUCCAAAAAAUGAGCUACCUGACACGUGCUCCGGUUUUUGGGAGUACUUUUUUACCAAAUUAAACUCGCAACAAAAUCAAAAUCAAAAUCAAUCUAAUACUAAUGCUAGACCAUGCAAGUGUCGUACUGAAAGUUCAUCUAAUGUUUGCAAGCCGUGUGAUAAGAGUUUGUGUACCCGUGAUUUAUCUCAAGGGUCACAAACUGGAGUAAACAAGAAACCAACUUGUGAUUGCAGUACGACAUUUUCAAGAAACGCUUCAAUGCACGCUUCAGAAGCUCCUCCUUCCAGAGUUGAACCUAGAGAUACCUCUCAAGAAGGGCCUCGCUCCAAAUUAAAACGCGAAAAAGUAUAUUGCAAAUGCUACCCAGAGAAAAAGAAACCACAAUAUACAAGUUCUAAAGAAGCUGGUCCAGAAAAUUACACUUCAGCACCUACACACGCCUCUACUAAUGCAGAUAACGAAGGAACUCGACCGUGCCAGCUUUCUCACACAGACAUCACAGAGUCUUUAAGUCAAAAGUACAAUGGUGAAAUAUUAUGUAUUCAUAACCCUCCUUGUGUUUUAAUAAACGGCUGCCUCAAUCUACCACCUGCUAAAGAAGAAGUGACUAUGGAUACGUGGCGAACAAGUACACCCCAAACGUACAAGUUCUGCUCCUCACCGCGCAGUACAUAUUUCCAGAAGCAACCGAGUACUCAGUUUCGUGUUCAAACUUGUCAGCAGAAUCCAUAUCUGAUUCGUGAUAGUGGCUGUCAAUACUCCUCGUCUAUCAUAGGGAUACAGUCAAGUAACAAAUGGAAGUCGAAUGAAGGUUUCCAAUACCAAAAUUCUUCUAUUGUGAAACCGGCUUCUGUCAUCGAUGGUAGUUGCCAAUAUCGACCGUCACCUUAUGAAUUGCAAAAUCAAAAAACUGCCGUAAAUGACGUCAAUGAUGAAAAUUUUCGUAAGUACCGAAUUUCAUCCAAUGAAAUCCAAAAGUUGAAAGCUGUUAAUGAAAGCUGCCAGUACUGGUUAUCUCCUACGGAAAUGGAGAAAGGUCAAAACGAUAAUAUAGAAGGCUGUUUCUACUGUAGAGAAACACCCACAGAUGUUAAAAAAUUGAUUACGCAUAGUAAAGAAAAACUGAAACCUGCAGGAAUCGACUUCAGAGUCCCAAAACCUAGAAAAGAGAAGAUUAUACAAUGUGUCUGUAACCAUAAUCCUCCUUGUGAAGUCGUUCGAACUUGUUGUAAAGCAAAAUUUGAUCCAAAGAUACAAAACUCUUGUGUACACGUGCCUAUGUGUGAGAAAGUGCCGCUAUGUGUGCUGGAGCUGAAGAACCAGAACGAAGCGUUCCAGUCGUGUCAACAUAGGCCUAAGUGUGUUGAGGUUCCGAUUUGUACGAGAAACUAUAUAGUGCUGACGGCUAGAGAAGAAGUAGCUACACAAAGCCAGUCAAAAUGCAAGAUGGUUUGCAGGCAUGAGCCUCCAUGCGUAAUGAUCCAGAGCUGUCUGGCUCGAGUGUGCGACAGUUGCAUACCGUGCGACGCCAUUCCUGAUUGUGUACACCAUCCAAAGUGCGAGAUGAUCCCCGCGUGCUGCAGGAAGUCAGCUAAAGAAAUGGUUUCUGUUCAUACGCAAUACCCGAAUCAAUGUUCUUUAGUAUAGGAGGCAAGAACUCCUCGUCGGCGACGUCGGUGGACGACGAGGUUAUGCAAAAAGC